AUGCCAUCUACUACAAACUCAAUAAAAGAAUCCCAAACAGAUGUGUUAAUAAUUGGUGCUGGUCCAUCAGGUUUAAUGUGUGCCCUUUGGUUAUCAAGAUGUGGAAUCCCCUUUAGAAUAAUGGAUAAAAGAAAUAAUGAAAUUUUUGCAGGUCAAGCUGAUGGAUUACAAAGUAGAUCAUUAGAAAUUUUCAAAUCUUUUAGUGAACCAAGUAUGGAUUUUAUAACAAUGGAUCAAGCUUGGAAAGUUGCUAAUCAUAUUGAAGAAAUGUGUUUUUGGUCACCUAAUGAAGAAGAAAAACUUGUUAGAAAAUCAAGAACUCCUGAUAAUAUUCCUGGAUUAUCUAAUUUUACUGAAGUUGUUAUUCAUCAAGGUAAUAUUGAAAAUUGGUUUUUGGAAUCUAUUAAAAAUUUUUCUAAUGGUGAAGUUGAAAUUGAGAGACCAAUUUUACCUAUUGGUUUAGAAAUAAAAGAUGAUAAAGAAGAAGAAUAUCCAGUCGAAGUCAUGGUCAAAAAAUUAAACACUGAACAAGCUAAACCUGAACAAUAUGGUAACAUUGCUAAUGGAUUAUUCAGACAAUUUGACGGUGAUCAAGAUAAAUCUUACAACAAUCAAACCCAGAACGAAGAACUUGAAUUAAUUAAAGCAAAAUAUGUUGUGGGAUCAGAUGGUGCUCAUAGUUGGGUAAGAAAACAAUUAGACAUCAAUAUGGAAGGAGAACACACGGAUUUUGUAUGGGGAGUAAUGGAUAUUGUACCAAUAACAAAUUUCCCAGAUAUUAGAAGUAGAUGUGCCAUUCAUUCAAAAGAUAAUGGAUCAAUGAUGAUUAUACCAAGAGAAAAUGAUUUAGUUAGAUUUUACAUCCAAUUAAAAGAAGUCGAGCGGGAUCCUUCUACUUCAACUGACAAAAGAGAAUUUAUGGGUAAUUGUGAUGAUAAAACUGCUACUACAAAAGGUAGAGUAGAUAGAUCAAAAAUUACACCUGAAGUUAUAUUAAAACAAGCACAAUCAAUUUUAAAACCAUAUACUUUAGAAAUGUGUAAUUUAAGUUGGUUUACAGGUUAUCAAAUUGGACAAAGAGUUACUCCAACUUUUCAAAGAAGUAAUAGAGUGUUUAUAAGUGGUGAUGCAUGUCAUACUCAUUCACCAAAAGCAGGUCAAGGAAUGAAUGUAUCUAUGCAAGACACAUACAACCUAGGUUUCAAAUUAGCUUUAGUAUGUAAAGGAUUAGCUGAUCCCCUAAUUUUAUCAACUUAUGAACCAGAAAGACAUAAAGUUGCAUGUGAUUUAAUUGAAUUUGAUCAUAAAUUUUCAAGAUUAUUUAGUGGUAAGCCAAUGAUACCAAAUUCUAAAAUUUUGGAACACAAAAAAGAUCAAGUUGAUAUGAAUGAAUUCCAUCAAGUUUAUUUACAAGGUAGUAAAUUUGCAAGUGGUACAACUGUUGAUUAUCAAAAUUCCGUUUUAGUAGAUAAAUCAUCAAAGAAUUUAAGUAAUGAAGAUGGAGAUUUUAAUUCAUUAGCUUCAAAAGUUGCUAUCGGUAGAAGAUUAUAUAGUGAUUUAGUAAUUGGUCAAGUUGAUUUCAAAACAAAACAAAUUGGUGAAAUCUUAUCAUCAGAUGGUAGAUUUAGAGUUUUAAUUUUCCCAGGUGAUUUAAAAACAUACCCUCGAAAUUUUGAAAAAUUACAUAAUUUCAAUAAAUUUUUAAAUUCCAAAUCCAAUUUUUUGAAAAAAUUCACUCCACAAAAUGCAUUUGAAGAUUCAGUUAUUCAAAUAAUUGCAAUCCACGCAUCAAAAAGAAACGAUUUAGAAUUUUUUGAAUUUCCUGAAUUUUUAAGACCUACUGACUUUAAAGGUAGAAUUAAUUAUUGGAAGAUUUAUUCAGGUUAUGACAAGAAUCACAUUGGUGAUACUAUAAAUGUUUAUGAAACAUAUGGUAUUGAUUCCCAAAAUGGUGCAAUUUUGGUAAUUAGACCUGAUUCCCAUAUUGCUAAAGUUGUUGAAUUCUCUGAAUCUGGUUUGAAAAAUGUUGAUGAUUAUUUUAAUGGGUUUAUGUUGGAUCAAUCUUCUAAUGUUUUACCUAAAAAAGAUUUAAAACAUAAUGAUUCAGAUAGGUUUGUUAAACCAAGAUUAGCUGUAUAA